AUGACAACAAAUCAUAAAGAACUGACAAAUAUCAAUAUUGAUAACGACUGGGAAUGUUAUUGUCAACCAUUAGAUGAUGAAACUGAUGAAAAAACGAUCGUCUCUACUGCCAAUGACAUCAAUACAAAUCAAUAUUGGUCUUCUAUAGAAUUACCACAUAUUAUCAAUACUGUUAAACAACCUUGCAAAUGGUGGUAUCGUAAACGAUUUGAUUGGAUAUUACUAAAUCAACAAUAUGAACAACAAUUCUACCUUAAUUUUCAAUCAUCAGAUAGUCAUGAUAAACAAUCGAAUAUCAAUGGUACUAUAUGGUUUAAUAAUAUACAAAUCUUUUCAGGCUCACUAAUAUCAUUAGAAAAUCCCAUUGAAUUACCUUCAAAAUUAUUAAAUAAUGAAAAUAACCAGAACAAUAUCUUGGUUAUUUGUUGUAUUAAUACAACUCUUUCUCUUCAUACUUGUCUUUUUAUUCAUGGUGAAAUUCCUUAUGCUACUGGACAAGUCAUCAUAGAUGAAAAAACUCUUGAAAACUCUAAAGAUUCAGAUAUAAAACCAAAUAACAUUCUUCAAUAUACAGCUAGUGUUGAUAAUACUGAUGGUCGUAUUGAUAUAAUAUUUAAUCUAAAUCGAAAAUCAAAGGAUAUAUCAACAUCAUUAAAAUCACUUUCUCAAUCGAUAAUCAAUGAAAAUCAAACAAAUGAAGAUAAAAAUAAUUUCGAUGAUGAUCGUCUUAUACCUCGUCUAGCUAUUGUUAUACUUAUCGUUGGUACAAGAGGUGAUGUUCAACCAUUUAUUGCUCUUGGUCAAGCACUUCGUGCAGCUGGCCAUCGUGUACGAUUAGCAACACAUGAAACAUUUCGAUCAUUCGUUCGUGGUAAUGGUUUAGAAUUUUAUCCAUUAGCUGGUGAUCCAGCUGAUUUAAUGUCAUUUAUGGUAAAGAAUGCUGGAAUGAUUCCUUCUAUGAAUAGUAUUAUCGAAGGUGAUAUAGAAAAACAACGUCGUUCUCUUACUGAUAUUCUUGCAUCAACAUGGCAAGCAUGUAUAGCCGAUGAUGAUGAAACAAAAGCACCAUUUAUAGCUGAAGCAAUCAUUGCAAAUCCACCAUCAUUUGGUCAUAUACAUUGUGCAGAAAAAUUAGAAAUUCCUUUACAUAUUAUGUUUACUAUGCCAUGGUCACCAACAACUGCUUUUCCACAUCCAUUAUCACAUAUUCACAGUUCAAUUAGACCAAAGGACAAGAUUAAUUUAUAUUCGUAUGAUGUUAUUGAAAUGUUGACAUGGACUGGUAUGGGUGAUAUUGUGAAUAAUUUUCGUAAGAAAAUAUUAGGUUUGAGAGAAUUAAAUACACGUCAAGCAAUAAAUGCAUUAAUUGAUGAACGUGUACCAAAUACUUAUUGUUGGUCACCAUCGCUUGUUACAAAACCUAAUGAUUGGGGAUCACAUAUUGAUGUUUCUGGCUUUUUCUUUCUCAAUCUUGGUAUCACUUAUACUAAUCCACCAGUAGAUCUACUGGAUUUUCUUGAUAUCAAUAAUGAUGGAAAUCCUAAAGAUCGUAAAUUAUCACCACCAAUCUAUAUCGGAUUUGGUUCAAUUACUGGUCAUGAUUCUCGUCGUAUUCUUGAAAUUGUUGUUGAUGCUCUUAAUCGAACUGGAUAUCGAGCACUAUUAUCUGGUCUUGCCACAGAUGCAGAUCAUUUACCUUCUAAUAUAUUCAAAAUUGGUAAUGUACCACAUGACUGGCUUUUUCAGUAUGUCUCAGCUGUAUGUCAUCAUGGUGGAGCAGGUACAACAGCAGCUGGUCUACGUGCUGGAAAACCAACAAUUAUUGUACCAUUUUUUGGUGAUCAGUUUUUUUGGGGUAAAGUAAUUGCAAAGAGUGGCGCUGGUCCACGUCCAUUGCCUGGAAAAUCAAUUAGUGUGGAACAAUUGAUUGAAGCAUUUCAUUUUGUUCAAAAACCAACGACAUGUGCUGCUGCAGAACGUAUUCGUGAUGCUAUUUUGAAAGAAGAUGGAUGUGCAGCAGCAGUACAUGCAUUUCAUGCUAAUUUACCUUUAACACGAAUUUAUAGUGAUUUAGAACCAACAUUUGCUGCUUGUUAUCGUAUUGAUGAGUUUGAUUUACAAGUAUCACGACCAGUAGCUCAAGUACUUGUAGCUGCAGGCGUUUUAGAAGAAUCAGAACUUCGUCGUCAUGCCACACGAAUAUGGCAAUUUAUGUAUGAUAAUCGUAUGCAUUUACCUACUCAAGGUAUUAUUGAGCAUUCACAAAAAGCUUUUUCAAGUAUGUUUACUAAUGUUGCUGCUGAUUUAAAAAAACGUGCUGCUAAUAAUAAUAGUACAACUAAGGAAACGUUGACAUUGGAAGAUAUCGGAAGUGUUGCAAAAGGUGUUGGUCUAGGUGUAGGUCAUCUGACGAUUGGAUGUCUGUCAUUAUAUGGUGAAAUGACCGAUGUACUCGAUCAUUUUACUUCUAUUUAUGAUCCUUAUAGUGAUCCAAAUGCACGUCCACGACCAAAAGUCACUGACUUCAAGUCGGGUGCAAAGGCUGCUGGUCUAGCCUUAAGGAAUGGCUGGAAAGAUGGAAUUACUGGUGUUGUAAAACAGCCCCGUAUUGGUUAUCAACGACAUGGAGCAUUAGGUGGUGCCGCUGGAUCAUUAAUAGCAACAGUCAAUAUAGCUAUGAAGCCUGCAGUUGGCACACUUUCAUCAGUGACUUGGCUUAGUCGAGGUACUUAUGCCAGUGUAAAAAAGACAGUAAAAACUUAUAGAAACGAAGGAAGACUUAUUUCAACAAAAUUAUUUAAUACAGCAUCAUCGACUCAAGACAAUGAACAAUUACAAACAGACGACAAUGAAGAAAUAUCAUCAGCGGCCAAGAUAGCAGCAAUUAGAUCGGGUUUUCAUCCAAAAGUAUGCCAACAUAUUCUUGAUGAAUUUGAAAAAAUCAAAAUAGAACGUACAAAAAAUAUCGCUUGUUCAAUGAAGAAAAAAAAGAGUGUAUCCUAA